GGAAGGGCUAUAACGGGACAAACCCUUCAUAUAUACAUACAUACAGUCAUUGGACAGACGAUAGCAAGAAUAACGCUGCUAUAUUUUGAGAGACAAAACAAGUAUCUAUACAUUUGCAUUCUGCAUUAGUUCAUUCUGUCAAAUUGAAUCUGAGGGAGAAAAAAACAUGUUCUACACAUGUGGUCCAAAUGAGGCUAUGGUGGUGUCAGGGCUCUGCCGUUCUCCUCCAGUAAUGAUUUCUGGAGGCAGAGUGUUUGUGCUUCCCUGUGUUCAGAAGAUCCAGAGGAUCUCCCUGAACACUCUGACGCUGAACGUGAAGAGUGAUAAAGUCUACACCCGGCAUGGGGUUCCCAUCUCAGUCACUGGUAUUGCCCAGAUGAAGAUCCAGGGGCAGAACAAGCAGAUGCUGGCCGCAGCCUGUCAGAUGUUCAUGGGGAAGUCGGAGGGCGAGAUCGCCCAAAUCGCCCUGGAGACGCUGGAGGGUCACCAGAGGGCCAUUAUUGCCCACCUGACUGUGGAGGAGAUCUAUAGGGACCGCAAGAAGUUCUCGGAGGAGGUGUUCAAGGUGGCCUCGUCUGACCUGGUCAACAUGGGCAUCAGCGUGGUCAGCUACACGCUCAAAGACGUUCACGAUGACCAGGACUACCUCCACUCCCUGGGGAAGUCCAGGACCGCCCAGGUGCAGAAAGACGCCCGCAUCGGAGAGGCCCAGUUCAAGAGGGAUGCUGUGAUCAGGGAGGCCCACGCCAUGCAGGAGAAGAUCUCAGCCCAGUAUGUAAAUGAGAUCCAGAUGGCCAAGGCUCAGAGGGACUAUGAGCUGAAGAAAGCAUCCUAUGACAUCGAAGUCAACACCAAGAAGGCGGAGUCAGAGAUGGCCUACCAGCUACAGGUGGCCAAGACCAAGCAGCGCAUCGAGGAGGAGAAGAUGCAGGUGAAGGUGGUGGAGCGCUCUCAGCAGAUCAUGCUCCAGGAGCAGGAGAUCACCCGCAGGGAGAAGGAGCUGGAGGCCAAGGUCAAGAAGCCCGCUGAGGCCGAGCGAUACCGCCUGGAGAAGCUUGCCGAGGCCCAGCGUGCACAGCUCAUCAUGGAGGCAGAGGCUGAAGCUGAGUCCAUUAGGAUUAAGGGAGAUGCGGAGGCCUUUGCUGUGGAGGCGAAGGGGAGAGCCGAGGCGGAGCAGAUGGCCAAGAAGGCCGAAGCCUUCCAGCAGUACAAGGAAGGAGCCAUGGUGGACAUGCUGCUGGAGCAACUACCACUAAUGGCGGAAGAGAUCAGCAGGCCUCUGGCGCAGGCUCAGAAGAUCACCAUGAUAUCCAGCGGCGGCGGAGAGGUGGGCGCGGCCCAGCUCACAGGGGAGGUGCUAGACAUCAUGACCCGCCUACCAGCGGCGGUGGAGAAACUGACCGGAAUCAACAUCUCACAGGUGGCGACUCGUAUGGGCUGAGGAGAGGCUCCGGGUGCUCAGGUAGACCUAUCAUCAUACCCCUGCCUGGCUGUAGUGUCUGCGUAUGUGUCUACUGUCACAGCCUUACCUUCUCUCCUCAAGUACGUUAUGCCAACGACAUAUCUGUUUCUAUGAUCAACCCUUUCUAUCGAUCCCCUCUUCUUUCCAUGUGUCUUAGUGCCCCUUUUCUCUGCCUGUCUCACCUUUCACCUCUAACCGUUUUCUAUUUGGCCCCGGAUUCCUCCUCCUAACUGCCUGUGUCCACUGCCUUGCUGCCAAACCCUAAGUGCAUCUUAACUGGCGAGUUCAAUGCAAGCGCGCAAUCAACUCGUCCGUCCAGUAUUGUCAUUCUCAGCGCUCGGUCUUACUCAUCAGAAGAAAAGGGGACCUGACCAAAUCCAUGUUUCAGUCUGUCAUUGUUUUUAAUGUUACUGGUUGUCGUUUUAGUCUGACAAAAUGUAAUUGGUUUAGAGAAAAUGUCAUUGCUCUGUGGGCACUAAGUUUGAGUAACAAUGAAUGUAAAAAAUAUUCACCAUUCAAAGUAUCCAAUAUUCUAAUCUAUACCUGCAAAGGCUCUUUGGGAGAAGUAGUCUGAAUAGGCCAGUCAACUUGUUUCUCAAUAUAUUAUUAUUUUCUAUGGAUUUCUAUCUGUGAAAUGUGUGCUUUCCCAUUGAUGUGUGUCUACAGUCACUGUUACGACACGUAACGUGCGUGUUUUUUGAUGUUGUUUUCGUCGUACUUUCUCACACUGAAUUAUCCUAUUUAAUCAAUAUUCGUUAGAAAGGACCUUCUCGUCAAGCAGAUUAUGUAGCAGUUCUCACAAAUGUGACUUGCAUUACUUUUGUCCAGAGUGCUAGGGGACUGGUUUACUGCUCUGUUAUAGCUGUCAAAAUGUAAUAUGACGUUAUAAUCUUGGAAUUAUUGCACUUCUGCCUAACGCUACGUACUGUAAUGUCAAGCUGUACUAUUUAUGUUAAUUGAGAUGUACUGUUAGCAUUGAAGCUACAUUAUUCUUAAGGUGGUCCUCAGAUCAACGGAAAUAGUAGCUGUGAUAAAUGAAUAAUAAAGGGAGUGAUUUUCAGUUAGAAAAAUGUUGAUUGUCGUCAGAAGUAGAAAGAGAGGAGGUGUCAUGUAAAAAGAAGAAAUUCGGAAAGCAUGUACUCUCUUUUUGGGAACCUUUUGAAGCCCAAACUAAAGCUAGCUGUGUCAUAUUGUACUACUAAUAGAAAUAACUACUAAUGGACAUAACAGCAUGAUAUACAAGCAUUGAGUACAUGGCACAUACAGAAUAUACAUCCAUUGUUGCCCUCAGAACAGCCUAAUUUCAUUGGGGCAUGAACUCCACAAGUUGUUGAAAGCGUUCCACAGCGAUUCUGGCCCAUGUUGACUCCAAUGUUUACCACAGUUGUGUCAAGUUGGCUGGUGGACCAUUCUUGAUACACACGGGAAACUGUUGAGUGUGAAAAACCCAGCAGUGUUGCAGUUCUUGACACAAACUGGUGCACCUGGCACCUACUACCAUACCUCGUUCAAAUGCGCUUACAUUUUUUGUCUUGCCCAUUCACCCUCUGAAUGGCACACAUUCAAGGCUUAAAAAUCCUUGUUUAACAUGUCUCCUCCCCUUCAUCUACACUGAUUGAAGUGGAUUUAACGAGUGACAUCAAUAAGGGAUCAUAGCUUUCACCUGGAUUCACCUGGUCAGUCUAUGUCAUGGAAAGAGCAGGUGUUCCUAAUGUUUUGUAUACUCACUGUAUUUCAUGACACUGCAUUUCACCAGAGGAAAGGCAAGUGGUCAUUCCUCAUCCCCGUAUGCAUUGGCUGGUGCAAUCAAGUUUCCCCUCUGGGGGAUUAAUGAAGUACUAUCUUAUCUUAUCGUCCAAUCAAUGUCUCAGAUCAGUAUGUUCAAUGGAAAUCAUCCAGAAAGCAUAGCGUGCUAGCCCUGUGUGUCUCAUGAGGGUCUCGUGAGAUGACUGAUUCAGUACAAGAUCGUGUCUUAUGUACUGAUGAUGUUACACAGAAUAGUAUGUAAUGUAUUGAAUUGUAUAUUUUAUUUAAUUGAUUUUUUGUUGUUGUAUUUAUUUAUUUUUUUCUAUGUAAUUUGUCAGGAGCCUGAAGGCAUGACCCAUAACAGGUACUCCUGCUAUGGAUAAGUAACCAAACCAGGGACUGAACCAGAGGUUCAAAAUAUGUCCAAAGCAUCAAAAUACGGGAUAUUUUGGAUGUUGUAAAUACUGUAGAAAUGCCUCUACAGUACCUGUUUUAGUGAAGUAUGUUAAAAUGUGUGUUCAAUUUAGCUUAAAACAUGUUGUACUGUACUCAAAGAUAAGAAAAUCUAAAAUCAGCUGUUUAUGUCAAGUUGUCACAUUUAUCAUACUUUCUUAAGAACCUGAGCUCAGCGUCUUGGCCUGGCUUUGUCAAAAAGGGUUUUCCUUCAGUUGCAUCACAAGACAAGAGUAAUCAAGCCUCCUUAUCCUGACUAACACAAUGUUACCCUGUUUCUGUGUUGCAUCUUACUACAACCAGGACAUAAUCUACUUUCAUGGUUGUCUCUUGUUUUACCAAGAAAUAAUACCAACAGUUGCUGUAUUAUAUAUUCUUAAAUGGCAUGUUUCAGUGAAAACCAAACCAAGCUUGGGAAAAAGUUACAUACUAUACAUUUAAUGAAAAUAAUGAGAUGAAUUCCAUGGCAAGCAGAUUGUAUCCAGGACUGGUUUCAUGUCGUUUUCUUUGAGUUAUAUUAGAAUAGUGUAUUGUUUACUUUGUUUUUGAAGACUUGCCAAAAUUGUAAUGUGUCUGUAUUGUUUUCAAAUGGCUGUGCACUAGUGUCAUGAGGAACCUUAGAAAUUUGUAUUUUGUAGGAAACAUAUACCCUUAAAUGAUAUCAAAUACAGAAUUCCUUUGAUUCUCUUAA